GCUUCUGGAAAAGGCGCCGCGCGCCGGGCGGGCCCGCGUCUAUAUAAGGGAAGCGCGGGGGCGGCGCGCCAGUUGCUCUUGCGUCUCGGUGCUGCGUCCUCUCGGAGCCCGUGCGGCCCUUUAGCCAAGAUGCCUGAGGAAACCCAGACCCAAGACCAGCCGAUGGAGGAGGAGGAGGUGGAGACGUUCGCCUUCCAGGCGGAGAUCGCGCAGUUGAUGUCGCUGAUCAUCAACACCUUCUACUCGAACAAGGAGAUCUUCCUCCGGGAGCUGAUCUCCAACUCGUCCGACGCUCUGGACAAAAUCCGAUACGAGAGCCUGACCGACCCCAGCAAGCUCGACUCGGGGAAGGAGCUGCACAUUAACCUCAUUCCGAACAAGCAGGACCGGACCCUCACCAUCGUGGAUACCGGGAUCGGCAUGACCAAGGCGGACCUGAUCAACAACUUGGGCACCAUUGCCAAGUCGGGGACCAAAGCGUUCAUGGAAGCUCUGCAGGCGGGCGCAGAUAUCUCUAUGAUUGGUCAGUUCGGGGUCGGGUUCUAUUCGGCCUACUUGGUGGCGGAGAAGGUGACGGUGAUCACCAAGCACAACGACGACGAGCAGUACGCCUGGGAGUCCUCCGCAGGGGGCUCAUUCACCGUCCGCACUGACACAGGCGAACCUAUGGGUCGGGGAACGAAGGUUAUCCUGCACCUGAAAGAAGACCAGACCGAGUACCUGGAGGAGAGGAGGAUAAAGGAGAUCGUGAAGAAGCACUCCCAGUUCAUCGGCUACCCCAUCACUCUGUUCGUGGAGAAGGAACGUGAUAAAGAGGUGAGUGAUGAUGAGGCUGAAGAAAAGGAAGAGAAAGAGGAGGAAAAAGAAAAGGAAGAGAAGGAGUCUGAUGAUAAACCUGAGAUAGAAGAUGUUGGUUCUGAUGAGGAAGAGGAGGAGAAGAAGGACGGUGACAAGAAGAAGAAAAAGAAGAUCAAGGAGAAGUACAUUGAUCAGGAAGAAUUGAACAAAACAAAGCCUAUUUGGACCCGAAACCCCGACGAUAUUACCAAUGAAGAGUAUGGAGAAUUCUACAAGAGUUUGACCAAUGACUGGGAGGAUCACUUGGCAGUGAAGCAUUUUUCAGUGGAAGGACAGUUGGAGUUCCGAGCUCUUCUCUUUGUGCCAAGACGUGCUCCCUUUGACCUAUUCGAGAACAGAAAGAAAAAGAACAACAUUAAGUUGUAUGUUCGCAGAGUUUUCAUCAUGGAUAACUGUGAGGAGCUCAUCCCGGAGUAUCUGAAUUUCAUCAGAGGUGUGGUGGACUCUGAGGAUCUUCCUCUAAAUAUUUCCCGUGAGAUGCUGCAGCAAAGCAAAAUUUUAAAGGUUAUCAGAAAGAAUUUGGUCAAAAAGUGCUUAGAACUCUUCACCGAACUGGCCGAAGACAAAGAGAACUACAAAAAGUUUUAUGAGCAGUUCUCCAAAAACAUCAAGCUUGGCAUCCACGAGGACUCUCAGAAUCGGAAGAAGCUCUCGGAGCUGUUGCGCUAUUACACGUCCGCCUCUGGUGACGAGAUGGUGUCUCUCAAGGACUACUGCACCAGAAUGAAGGAGAACCAGAAACACAUCUAUUACAUCACAGGUGAGACCAAGGACCAGGUAGCGAACUCGGCCUUUGUGGAGCGUCUUCGGAAGCACGGCCUGGAAGUGAUCUAUAUGAUCGAGCCCAUUGACGAGUACUGUGUCCAGCAGCUGAAGGAGUUUGAGGGGAAGACGUUGGUGUCUGUGACCAAAGAGGGCUUGGAACUUCCAGAAGAUGAAGAAGAGAAAAAGAAACAGGAAGAGAAAAAGACAAAAUUUGAAAACCUGUGCAAGAUCAUGAAGGACAUCUUAGAGAAAAAAGUUGAAAAGGUGGUCGUGUCAAACCGACUGGUGACCUCCCCGUGCUGCAUCGUGACAAGCACAUACGGCUGGACGGCAAACAUGGAGAGGAUCAUGAAGGCCCAGGCCUUGAGAGAUAACUCCACCAUGGGCUACAUGGCCGCGAAGAAACACCUGGAGAUCAACCCCGACCACUCCAUCAUCGAGACCUUACGGCAGAAGGCCGAGGCCGACAAGAACGACAAGUCUGUGAAAGACCUGGUCAUCCUGCUUUACGAGACGGCGCUCCUGUCCUCCGGCUUCAGUCUGGAAGAUCCGCAGACGCAUGCCAACAGGAUCUACAGGAUGAUCAAGCUUGGUCUCGGUAUUGAUGAAGACGACCCCACUGCUGACGACAGCAGCGCGGCUGUGAGCGAGGAGAUGCCGCCCCUGGAAGGCGAUGAUGACACGUCGCGCAUGGAGGAGGUUGACUAGGUGCCGUGAGAAUGACUUGUACGUGCGUUCGAUACUUCAUCUUCAUUCCCUCUGAUGAUAUAUUUUCAAGGAUGUUUUUCUUUAUUUUUGUUAACAUUUUAAGAAUCUGUAUGGCAUGACAGUAACUACUUAAGGGGAAGAUAAGAUUUCUUUCUGUUUGAGUUGGAGUGUGAUGCUGUGACGUAGGAACUAAAGCCCAGCUAGUUUUUCUUCCCUAGUGCCACGCCGGCUCAUUGUAACCGGACAAGGUGACCUUUGUUGUGAGGCGUGCGUAACCUAACGUUAACUGUGGUCUACAGUGUUUAGCUACCAAGUGGAUUCCUUAGCAAGACCAUAUUUGUCCGUCACUGAAGUGUUCCGAGCUAUACCUUGAUGUUUUAAAGAGAAAUUUUGGUUAAAACAGCUCUCACCCUCUAGGAUCUACUUUUUAAAUCUUCUGUUCCCUGUAGUUACCAGCUGCAUGUACCAGGCCUCUAGAAACUAGUAGUUUAACCAACCGGAUGGGAGUAACCGUGUAUAGGGCUUGUUUUCCAAAGAGGAGCGUUGUUUAGAGUAGCGACAUUCUCGGCCUACUUAGGCAUGUUGUAAAGCUGUUGGAGAAGUGACUCCACAAGUUCCGUGAGUGGAAAUGUAGUGCUCAAGUCACAUUCUACAUUAAAAGGUUGUAACAAAUACAAA